AUGAGGACGGCCCGCAGUGGACCCAGGGAAGCUCUGCUCCAGCGGCUUCUGCUGCGGCCCCACCACACUGAGUGUCACUCGCCUCCAAGCUACUCCCCUCCCAUCGGGAAGAUUCCACUCAGUACCUUUCUGAGAGAGUCCUGUUUUGUCAAUUCCAAAUUUUGCCACGAUGGAGAAACAGCUGCUUGCACCGAGGCGGGCCACCCUUGGCUUCCUCCUCUGAAAAACCAGAGAGACAAAGGUCAGAGGCUGUCCCAGGAGAGGGCCACAAGCCAGGACCCACACAAACUGCGGAGCCUGCAGAGGCCAGUCCCCACUCUUCUCAACUUGGAGGACCUGGGCAUGGAGUCGACCUCACUAGAUGAUGUUCUGUAUCGCUACGCCAGCUUCCGGAACCUGGUGGACCCCAUCACACACGACCUCAUCAUCAGCCUGGCACGCUACAUCCACUGUCCCAAGCCGGUAGGGUGGCUGUGGUCCGAGCCAGCCAGGUCCCGGGGUGUGCGACCCAGGGAAGCUCUGCUCCAGCGGCUUCUGCUGCGGCCCCACCACACUGAGUGUCACUCGCCUCCAAGCUACUCCCCUCCCAUCGGGAAGAUUCCACUCAGUACCUUUCUGAGAGAGUCCUGUUUUGUCAAUUCCAAAUUUUGCCACGAUGGAGAAACAGCUGCUUGCACCGAGGCGGGCCACCCUUGGCUUCCUCCUCUGAAAAACCAGAGAGACAAAGGUCAGAGGCUGUCCCAGGAGAGGGCCACAAGCCAGGACCCACACAAACUGCGGAGCCUGCAGAGGCCAGUCCCCACUCUUCUCAACUUGGAGCCAGCCCUGACCUCUGGGCAUCCUUUGCUCUUGCAGGACCUGGGCAUGGAGUCGACCUCACUAGAUGAUGUUCUGUAUCGCUACGCCAGCUUCCGGAACCUGGUGGACCCCAUCACACACGACCUCAUCAUCAGCCUGGCACGCUACAUCCACUGUCCCAAGCCGGAAGGCGAUGCGCUGGGCACCAUGGAGAAGCUGUGCCGGCAGCUGACAUACCACCUCAGCCCCCACUCCCAGUGGAGGCGGCACCGGGGACUGGUGAAAAGGAAGCCACAGGCUUGCCUCAAGGCUGUCCUGGCCGGGAGCCCCCCAGACAACACAGUGGACCUGUCGGGCAUCCCACUGACCUCCCGAGACCUGGAGCGGGUGACCAGCUACCUACAGCGCUGUGGGGAGCAGGUGGACAGCGUGGAGCUGGGCUUCACAGGCCUCACGGAUGACAUGGUCCUGCAGCUGCUGCCGGCGCUCAGCACCCUGCCCCGCCUCACCACACUGGCACUCAAUGGCAACCGGCUGACCCGGGCUGUGCUGCGCGACCUCACUGACAUCCUUAAGGAUCCCAGCAAGUUCCCCAAUGUCACGUGGAUUGACCUGGGCAACAACGUGGACAUCUUCUCCUUGCCCCAGCCCUUCCUGCUCAGCCUGCGCAAGCGCUCACCAAAGCAGGGCCACCUACCCACCAUCCUGGAGCUGGGUGAGGGCCCGGGUAGUGGGGAGGAGGUCCGGGAAGGGACAGUAGGCCAGGAAGACCCUGGAGGGGGCCCUGUGGCACCUGCCGAAGACCACCAUGAGGGCAAGGAGACUGUAGCUGCAGCUCAGACGUGACAUGGAAGUGAAGGGCCUCACCAGGGAGUCCUUGUUGGGUAGAAUGCGCAAGGGGAGGGAGCUUCUAUCAGGUGGGUUAAGGAUAUUGCCAAAAAUUGGCCUGGGCCACCCACCUACAGAAAGGCAAACCAUAGCAUCUGGGGAAGGGGAUGUGUUAAAACUUCCCAUUGGUCCUCUCCAUCUGCCCCCAAUCCCAUUAUCUGCCAUUUGGCUCUUAAGUCAUCCCAGGCCCCAGAGAACGCUCAGCUCAGCCCAUGGCCUUCCCCAAAGACUUGUGGAAAUGGGCACAUGGCUAGAGGUACUGGAAGCCUGAGCCAUUGUGAAAACCAAGAGCUUUCCCCCAGAAAAAUUGGACAGUAGGGCCCCUACCUG